UUUAUAUACCGAAGAAGCCGCAAUUUAUUGCCUCCCUCAACAUAAAGCUUAAGGAGUUACUCGUAGAGUGAAGGGACAGGCGAAGCAGCGAAAGAAGAAAGAAGAGAGAGAAACAUGAUUAUUCCUGUUCGUUGCUUCACUUGCGGCAAGGUGAUCGGAAAUAAAUGGGACACCUACCUUGACCUUCUUCAAGCUGAUUACACUGAAGGGGAUGCCCUUGAUGCAUUGGGGCUGGUCCGCUAUUGUUGCAGGCGAAUGCUCAUGACCCAUGUUGACUUGAUCGAGAAGCUCUUGAACUACAACACUCUUGACAAGUCUGAUACCAGUUGAUUGAGCUUAAGGAGGCAGUGGAAGUAUAAAUGAAGAAUAUUCAUCUCAUCUUUUGUUAAAUAUAAGUAUCGAUGUGAAAUCUGGUGGGUUAGAGUAGAGCUACGAAAAUUGUAAUGAUAUGGUACUCGACUAUGAAUAUUAUUCUGGUCUAAAUUGAGAAAGGCUUGACAUGCUCUGUGUUCUUUAAAAGAUUGAUUUCCAUUUUCGAGGAGUAUAUUUUAACGACUAACCAAGUUGAUGAUGCU